AUGUAUCUCAAAUCCCCGUAUCCGGACCCCCCACCGCUUCCCGAAGUCAACGUUCACCACAUCUUGUUCAAACGUCCGGACCAGGAGCAAUUGCCAGACUACACAGUGCACAUCAACCCCGAGACGGACGAGCGGGUGUCCUUUCGUGAACACCUCGCACGCAUCGAGCAGCUGUCGACCGCCCUAGGAGCGCCAGUGGCGGAGGGAGGCUUAGGUUUGAGCGGCGAAGGCAGCGACGUGGUGGGCAUCAUGAGCGAGAACUCUUCGGACUACAUCACGCUGGUUCAUGCCUGCCUACGUAUCACGACACCGUUCGCCCUUAUCUCGUCCUACAGCACGCCGUUCGAACUCAAGCACGCGCUUUCGCUCACGAAAGUGACGCGAAUUUUCGCCGAUGCCAAAUUCCUUAAGACCGUACUUCCGGUCGCGAAGGACAUUGGGCUCGCGGAUGAUAAGAUAUAUGUUAUGAAGGACCCAGUGAAAGGGAAAGGUGCGAAGGAAGCCCAAGGACGGAAGAGCUUCUGGGGGUUUAUCAACCUCGCCCGCAAACGCAAGAUGCCUAUUGUCGACGUGCGCCCUGCAAAGAAGGACACGCUCGCAUACUUAGUGUUCUCGAGUGGGACGAGUGGGCUGCCAAAAGCAGUGAUGAUCUCGCACGGCAAUCUCAUUUUCUCCAUCGGCCAGACGAUUGUGAUGGGCCAGCUUGUUGCAGACGUCUAUACACCCCCAACACCGAAGACUCCUGAAGGUAUUCCUGUUACGCUUGCAUUCCUACCGCUUCACCACACCUAUGGUUUGCACGGCUACUGCUUCCGCUCAUGUCUGUCGCCGAAUACCCUUGUCCUUCCUUCGAAGUGGGAUAUCCAUGCUUGUCUCAAGGCUAUUCCGAAAUACAAGAUUACGAAUUUGACUCUUAUCCCGUCUGUAGUGCACCAGAUUGUAAACCAUCCGGGAAUCGAGAAGGUGGACUUCAGCAGUGUGCUCAGCAUGGGAAGUGGUGCGGCAUACCUCCCUCCCGAGCUCGCGACCAAGCUGGAGAAGCUCGUCCCGAGUGACACGAAGUUCAACGAAGGUUAUGGCAUGUCCGAAGCUACCAUUGCCGCGAUCACCCAGCCGUUUAACGGCAUGCUUGGGGGCAAACUGCGCCGGAUCAAUGGGUGUACGGGCGUGCUCCUUCCGGGGAUGGAGGCACGCACUGUUCGCGAGGACGGCACGGAGGCAGGGUUGAACGAGCCUGGCGAACUGUGGCUGCGCAGCGGAAACAUCGCGAUGGGCUACUGGAACAACGAGAAAGCGAAUAGAGAAACGUUCGUAGACGGAUGGCUGCACACGGGCGACACGUUCCGCAUCGACGAGGAGGGGUACUUCUGGUUCGCUGAUCGCGCCAAGGAUACACUGAAGGUCUCCGGCGCCCAAGUUUCUCCUGUCGAGAUUGAGAAUUGCCUUCUCGCGCACCCCGACAAGCUCAUCACCGACGCGACAGUCGCCGGUGUCUCUGGCGGUCGCACGUCUGACGAGAAGGUCCCGCGCGCAUGGGUCGUCCUCAGCCCCGCUGGCAAAAAGCUCGGCAAGGAGGCGGUCAUCAAGGCGCUUCAGAGCUGGCACCAGGAGAACCUGAGCAAGUAUAAGCACCUGCGAGGAGGUAUUGAGAUUGUUAGCCAGAUACCCAAGUCCCCAACAGGGAAGACGCUUCGUCGCGUGCUACAAGAGAAGUACGAAGCGCAGCUGAAGAAAAAGGGAAAGGCAAAGCUGUAA